GUGUCUCCGGGGUGUGACCUGGUGCUGGUGAACGGGAGGGAGAUGCGUGGUCGCUGGUCUCUGGUGGUCACCUUCUCCUCCCUGCAGCUGAGCACCCAGCUGGAGAUGAGGGUGUGGGUCCCACGCCUGCCGCUGCAGAUCCACGUCUCAGACACCGAGCUCAGCCAGGUGAAGGGCUGGAGGGUGCCUAUCGCCCCCACCAGGAGACCCACCAGAGACAGUGAGGAUGAUGAUGAUGAGGAGCGCCGUGGGCGUGGUUGUGCUCUGCAGUACCAGUACGCUCUGGUCCGGGUGCUCACCAGCUUCGUGGCAGAGCCCUCUGACCCCGCCCUCGACCUGCUGCACAUGCUGGGCCCUGAUUGGCAGGCGGACAUCACACACCUGGUGCAGGACUUCCUGAAGGUGGAGGAGCCUCGUGUGGCUCGCUUGCUGGAGGGAAGAGUCCUGGUGGGGAGAGAGGAGGGGAUCACUACUGUACAGGUACUGUCCCCCCUGUCAGACUCCAUCCUGGCAGAGAAGACAGUGACGGUGCUGGAUGACAAGGUGUCCAUCAGUGAUCUGGGGGUGCAGCUGGUGAGCUCUCUGUCUGUCAGCCUGCAGCCCAGCCCAGGCAGCAGCCAGGCCCUCGCCCUCACCGCCUCCGCACACCAGCUGCUGCACGCUCACAAGCAGGAAGCUGUCAUCAGCGCCUGGAUCCAGUACAGUGACGGCGCAGUCACGCCCCUCAACAUCUACGACCCCAAGGACUUCACGCUCAACGCCUUCUCAUUGGACGAGGCGGUGGUAUCGACCUAUCAGGAGUCCCCGCAGCGCUGGCCGGUGGUGGUAGCGGAGGGCGAGGGCCAGGGGGUGCUGGUGCGCGUGGAGAUGGUGAUCUCUGAAAGCUGCCAGAAGUCCAAGAGGAAGAGCGUGCUGGCGUCAGGCCUGGGCAGCGUCAGGGUCGAGUUCAGACGGGACGACUCGGACCUGGGAGAGGGGGGGCGGGGGGGAGGGCGGGGGGGGAGGGGGAGUACAGCACCAGCGACCAGAGGACGAGAGGAGGGGGGGAGGAGGGGGGGGGAGGGGGGGAAGUACCAUGACCCGGCGUCGGAGAGGGAGGAGGGGGCCAUGAGGAAGGUGAGCACCACCACCAAGUCCCCGGUGACCCAGCGGGGGAAGGGCAGCCAGGGAGGCCGAGGGGCCCCGAGGCAGCCAGGGGAGCACAGCAGCCUCCCUGCCCAGGUGGAGGUGCCCGGGGCUGGGCAGAGCGACCUGUCCCAGACCCCCCGCGGACUGUCAGACCUGGAGAUCGGCAUGUACGCUCUGCUGGGGGUCUUCUGCCUGGCCAUCCUGGUGUUCCUCAUCAACUGUGUCAGCUUUGCUUUCAGGUAUCGCCACAAGCAGCUGCCGGUGCUGGAGCAGGGUAACCUGAACCACGCCCAUGACUGGGUGUGGCUGGGCCAGGAUGCUGAGCUGCUGUCCCCCCCGGGCCAGGCCUCUCGUCCGGACGAGCGCUCGGCCGGGGACCGUGGCGACGGAGGUUACGAGGAAAGCAAGUUCCUCCUCAACGGCUCCGGGGGGGCGGGGCAGGGCGGACAGAGGGGCGUGGCCCACGGACAGACCCUCCCCCGCUCGCUGUCAGAGCCGAGGCGGUGCGGCGGGAAGGAUCCUGCUGACAUCCUCAACUCCCCCGGCGCCACGGCCAAACGCAAGCGCGUCAAGUUCACGUCGUUCGCAACCGUCCUGCCCAACGACGGAGGCGGGCCUUAUACCAACUCCAUUCUGGUUGGCCGCGAGGACGACAUCAAGUGGGUGUGUCAGGAUAUGGACCUGGGCCAAUCGGACAUCAGGACCUACAUGGAGAGGCUACAAGACAAUCUGUAG